AAAACAACAGAUUGGACAAGAGUUUAUCUAUUGAAGGCAUGUUUUGGUCAAUUUUUGGACUGGUAACUGCUAUCAAGUUGCUAUUUUUGCCGGCAUACCGGUCGACCGAUUUUGAGGUACAUCGAAAUUGGCUGGCAAUAACACAUUCAUUGCCAAUAUCAAAAUGGUAUGUCGAAGCAACAAGCGAAUGGACAUUGGAUUAUCCUCCAAUAUUCGCGUAUUUCGAGUAUAUACUGUCACAUUUCGCCAAAUACUUCGAUGAAAACAUGCUGAAAGUGGAUAAUCUCAAUUAUGAUUCCAAUGAAACGAUAGAGUUUCAACGUCUCUCGGUUAUUAUCACCGACAUUGUGUAUGCCAUUGGAGCGAAAAGAUGUAUCGCUCAUUUGUCUCCCACCGCAUCCAAACAACGAAUCUUAUGCGCUGUCUUAUUGGGAAAUUUCGGACUGUUAAUCAUCGAUCACAUUCAUUUUCAAUACAAUGGAAUUCUAUUCGGAAUUUUAUUGCUAAGCAUAGCUUACAUGUGCGAAGAAAAGUUUUUAAAGUCCGCAUUUUGUUUUGCCGUUCUAUUGAAUAUGAAGCACAUCUUCGUUUAUGUAAGCCCGGUAUACAUUGUGUAUUUGUUGAAAGUGUAUUGCUGGCACAGUUUAUCGCUCCCGAGAGCAAUAUUGAACUUGACGAAAUUAGGAAUGAUUACAAUUGGAGUAACUAUGGUGUCGUUUGGACCAUUCAUGCAUCAAAUGCCACAGGUUUUGUCACGUUUGUUUCCAUUUAAACGGGGACUCUGUCAUGCGUAUUGGGCACCAAAUUUUUGGGCCAUUUAUAACAUUGUUGAUAAAGCGGCAUCGAUUGGCCUGGGCAGUGCCUCGAAUUCAUCGAACACCGGUGGACUCGUACAAGAAUAUAGUCAUGAAGUUUUACCCGUGAUUCAACCACAUACAACAUUCAUAAUCACCAUCGUGGCUAUGAUUCCGUGCAUCAUGAAAAUUGCCUUCGGAGCCUACAAUAAAUCCACAAGCAAGUUCGACUUUAUUCGUGGCAUUGUCAUUUGUGGAUGCACAUCAUUCUUAUUCGGUUGGCAUGUUCAUGAGAAAGCAAUUUUAAUGGCAGUCAUUCCAUUGAGUAUUCUCAUGACAAUCAAUGAAAGCGAAUACAAGCACAUGGGAUUCUUGUCGAUUGUGUCGUAUUUCUCAUUGUUUCCACUGCUUUUUAGAUCAAAUUUGGCAGUCAUUAAAAUCAGUUUGCUCGUCACACACAUACUCAUCAUCGCAAACGGUCAAUGGAGUAUAUGGCCAACAGCAAAUAACAAGUGUAUUUUUCCAAUUUAUGAACUACUGUAUAUUAUUGGCUUGGUUGGAUUACUUUUCUACGAAUUUUGCCUACAAUAUUUACUAAAAUUAGAUAGAAGACUGCCAUUUUUACCAUUACUAUUAAUUAGUGUUUAUUGUAGCCUGGGAAUUAUUUAUUUCUGGGUGCGUUACUAUGUCGCGUUUUUGUUUUGUGAUAGAAUUAGCAAUAAAAAGACUAGAAAAAAUCACAAGCUGAAUUGA